AUGUCUCGCAAAGGCAUCGGCAUCGGCGCCUUCGACCGCCACCGCCUCACCUCGGCCCAGUACGCCUCCCACGGCACGACGCUGCGCACGACCAACGCCGCAGCCCUCGAGACCCAGCUCGCCGUCUUCCGCUCGCUGCUGCAGCAGUUUGCGCAGACGCACGCCAAGGAUAUCCGCUCCGACCCGUCCUUCCGCGCGCAGUUUGCCCGCAUGUGCACCGCCAUUGGCGUCGACCCGCUCGCGUCGUCGGCGCACUCGUCGUCCUCGGCUGGCGACGGCGCCAGCAGCAGCAUCUGGGCGCAGCUGCUGGGCCGCCCGCUCAACGACUUUUACUUUGAGCUCGCCGUCCGCGUCGUCGAGACGUGCACGGCCACGCGCGGCGAGAACGGCGGCCUCAUCGGCGUGCGCGAGGUGCGGGAGCGCAUCGCCAAGGGCCGCCCCGAGGGCGCGCCCGAGGUGACGGACGACGACGUGCUCCGGGCCGUCGGCACGCUGAAGCCGCUCGGCGGUGCCUUCGCCGUGCUCAGGGUCGGCAGCAAGAGCUAUAUACGGAGCGUGCCGAAGGAGCUCAACACGGACCAGAGUGCCGUGCUCGAGGCGGUGCAGGUACUCGGCUACGUGAGCGUCGGCAUGUUGAUGGCGAACCUGGGGUGGCCGAGGGCGAGGGCCGUGACGGCGGUGGAGGAUCUGCUCGGUGAGGGCAUGCUGUGGGUGGACAAGCAGAGCCCCGUCGAGUGGGAGUAUUGGAGUCCGGGUUUCAUGCUGGACGAGGGGUUUCAUGGCGAUUGA